AUGGCUGCCGCUAACGAUCAAGUCGCCCACCCUUCCUUACCCCUCGAUGUCGUCGCGCACAAUGCCACCGUGAUUCUAAGCGGUGUGCUUCUCGGGGCACUGCUUGCGUUCAUCACUUUUCACCUGGGCUGGCUGCGCCACCAUGUCCGUCUGAACGACCGGUUGGUCAACGCCAUCUUCCCGCUGGGGCCUCAAGUCUUUUUCUUUACAUUACCCUUGUGGUUUAUUGUGACAUUACGCCCUGCUGCGCGCUUUUCCGUGCUCGUAGCGGAAUACGCUACUGCGGUUUAUCGAUCGCUGAUGUCAUAUGCGUUCCCUGCUCCGGAGUAUAAUAUCAUUCUGGAGAGCACCAUCGCAAUCCCGGCUCAAAUGACCGCGCCCUGA